UUUCUCCUUCAUCAUCACAAACAAGAUCAAACAAAACAAAAGAAACAGAAGUCCCAUCGAUCUCGAGCCCCCACCAGAAUCCAUUGUUCCUUGCUGCUGAAGAAGAAGAAAAGAAAGAAAGAAAGAAAGAAAACAUGGGGAGAGCUCCAUGCUGUGACAAGGCAAAUGUGAAGAAAGGGCCAUGGUCUGCUGAAGAAGAUGCCAAGCUCAAAGAUUACAUCGAACAGCAUGGCACCGGCGGCAACUGGAUUGCACUCCCUCAAAAGAUUGGGAUGAAGAGGUGUGGGAAGAGUUGCAGGCUGAGGUGGCUGAAUUACCUGAGGCCAAACCUCAAGCAUGGUGGAUUCUCUGAGGAAGAAGACAACAUCAUCUGCAGCCUCUACAUCAGUAUUGGAAGCAGGUGGUCGAUCAUCGCAGCUCAACUUCCUGGAAGAACAGAUAACGACAUAAAAAACUACUGGAACACAAGGCUGAAGAAGAAGCUUCUAGGCAGAAGGAAGCAGCAGCAGCAGCAACAACUCCACCAUCAACAAUCUCCUGAGGGAUCUCCGGCCACCGCAGCCGUAGAACAUGACCAUCAUCAAAGUCCAUCGCCAUCACCAUCUCAUGGCUUGAGCAAUUCAGCACUGGAAAGGCUGCAGCUCCACAUGAAGCUCCAAACCCUAAACCAGAACCCAUUGCUCCACACCAUGCUCUGGCCAAAGCUCCACCCUUUCCAGGAGAAAUUACUCCUCCAAGCCAUGAAUGAUGAGAAUAACAACAACAGCAGCAGCAUGCAACUGCCUCUCUUGCCACAGCCAGUAAUGAUGGAAUCUCCACCAAGCAAUAAUAUUAUUGCCAAGCCAUUGGAGGAGGAUAUGAUGAUGAUGAACCCUAGCACAAACUACAACACUUGUACUCCUACUUCCUCCAACGGAAUGGAUCACUCAUCGUCGCCUAAUCUGAUGAACACUGACAAUAUCAAUAAUGUCUCGAGCUAUGGUGGUGGUGGUGAUGAUUUCAUCAUGGGAAAUUUGGACAACAGUGGUAGCAGCUUGGUGUGGUGGUCGAAUGAGUUUGAGACUAGUAAUGAUGUGAAUUAUUAUAGAUCUGGAUCGUUUUCAUCCUCGUCCAAUGAUUCGAGCUGGGAAUAUUGUGCUGUUCGAUCUUCUGAUGGCGCAGGUUUAUUCUGAAUAUCGAUUGAGAUCGCGAGGAAAUGGUGCAGUAGUAGUUGUGAAUUGUGAUAUUGUAUUGUUCUUGCGAUGGUUCAUAAGAUAUGGUGAAUGAGAGAGAUAUGGAAAAUAUAGCAGCUAUAGCUUCUUAUCUUUUGUGGUUGUAAGCAAGUGUGUGAAUUAUAAUGAUAAUAAUAGUAGUCAUGGGUAAAUAUUUGUUCAUGUUGAUUUCCAUGGUUAUACAUGACUCUAGUAGUGUAUAUUUCACUUUGGACCUUGAACCUAUGCUAGUUUUUAUCCCUAGUUAAUUGAUGGGUAGUUUGGAUUUUGUACUCCUUAGUUUGAUCCAUAACUUGCAAAAGUAUUUUAUAAGUCCUAAAUUUAGAUUUGUUUUUUAAUAAAAGGUAAUCAUAUAU